CCUCUCUCUCGUUGGCUUCUCCUCCAUCUUCUUUGUGCGAAGAACCAGAAAAAUUUGCAGAGAAGAAGAAGGAGUAGCCAUGGCCGGCCACCCGCUCGCACGCCGUCGUGGCCGGCGCCGCCGUGCGUCCGUCCCGCGCCGCCCGCGCGCGCUCGCCGGCUCGCCGAUCCGCUCGCGUCUCCUCUCCGCCUCAGCUCGCAUCGCAGCUGCUGUACCAGCUCGUGCCGGAGCCGUUCGGCCACCUCCGGCCGCCGUUCGGGUCCCGCCUUGGUCCGGUUUGACCCCCCAACCUUCCCCGAUCCUUCCCCAUCUCAUCCAAGCUCCGGAUCUACCCUUCCUCGGCCUCAAACCGCCAUGGACAGCAGCCAAGAAAAAUGGGUAUGGCAGCCCCUUCGUGGCCCGUUUUGGCCGCCUUCCCGAGCCCGGAUGCUCGGCCCGCUUUGAGGAAAGUCGAUCCUCGCGUCGUCCCCGUCGUUUUGGUUCGCUCGGCUCGUUAAUCCGGUCCCUGGUGGGCGGAGCGACCAGAUAGCUUUGGUUGGGAUUGAGGAGUUGCAGAGGGAAGUUAUAAGGAUUGGAGGACGUGCCCGACUUGUAGGCCAUAGGACAAUUCCUUUUUAAGAGCCUUGUCUUGUGUGACCGUUGGCCGUAGACCUCUGUUUGUAAUUACGUU